AUGCUUGCCCCCAUUCCAAGUGCCACCAAGGUCCAGCUCAAGGCACUUUGCCCCAGGGUAUCUUGUACCCCAGGAAAGAAGAUCCACUUGGCCAGGCCUGAGUCCAGGGCAUGGUUGCCAGGGCAUGGCUGGCUGAGUACCAAGGACUUCCUAGAGAAAGUGCAGGACUUUGAGAGAGGAGAGACGUCCUGCCAGCAGCUGCUAAAAUGCCGGGGGCGGGGCGCCGGGCGGGCGCGGCGCUAUUUCCAUCCUCGCCGGAGGCUCCGCUCGCACUUCGCUGGGAGCCUUCCUGGCGCGAGAACCGGAUCCAGCGGCGCUGUGAGGAGAGGAGACGACGGCGGCGGGAGGCGGGAGGGGGGCGGACCGGAGCCGGGGACAGAGGAGGAACACGCCGCCGUGCCCUCUCCCUCUUCUGCGCGCUCCGGUGGCCGGCCCCGCGCCUGUCGCCUCGCCGACCGCACGGGGCUUCGCUCGGAGCAGGAGGAGACGCCGGGCCCGAGCCGGGGCGGAGGUCCUGCAGCCCGGGCGCCCCGGAACGGAGGAUUCGCAGUGGAGGACCGCGCCGGGGCUGGAGCCUCCCGCGGCCCCGAAAUCGCCGGCUGCGCCAGACCUGGCCUGAUGGACGCCCGGUGUGGACAAUGA